AUGAAAAACCAUCAUCUCAAUGAUAUUUUAUCUUUCCAUGUCACUAGUCAAGUAAGACAAAGCAAGUGCUUGCAGAGCACCAUACCGAAUUCCUCUAUGUCAUCGUUUUCACCACAAGAUCUUUCCAAGUUAGACGACAAGUCCAAAAAGGAAAUCGCUUCUUUCCUGGAAGUUGAGAAUUCUAAACAGAAGGUGCAAAUGUCCAUUCAUCAAUUCACAAAUACAUGUUUCAAAGAGUGUGUCCCAACGGUUGAUAGCGGCGAUUUGAACGCUCAAGAAGAACAGUGCUUGAACAACUGUGUCAACAGAUUUUUAGAUACUAAUAUUAGAAUCGUAAAGGGUCUACAGAGUCUAAACUAA